AUGUCACUCACUACACGCCUCCCAUUCCUCUUCCUCGCCCUUAUCGCCCUCACAAUCUCAGCCCUAGCCGCCGACAGCAUCCUCCCCACAUCAGCCUCCAGUACAUUCCCGCAAUGCGGUCUGACCUGUACUGCCCUGACAGGCGCGCAGACUUCCUGCGAAUCAGCCGCCGCCUCAACCUGGACCUCAUGCUUCUGCCAGUCAUCCCUGCUCACCGGCCUCAAAACCUCCGGCAGCAUCUGCUCAACCUGCAGCACCGCCGACCAAGCCACUCUCUCAACCUGGUAUAAUAACUACUGCAACUCCGGCGGCAAGGAUACAUCCAACACCGCCACCACAGCAACCACUUCAGCCGGCACAGCCUCUACAUCUGUUUCCAGCUCGAGCUCAAGCACGAACAAAUCUGCCACAACCACAGAGGAGAAUAAGUCAUGGUGGAGUACCCACUACCGCUGGGUCAUCAUGCUCAUCGUGCUGGUCAUCGGAUUCACUAUCAUUGCCGUACUCGGCGUAAGGUUUAAACGUCGCUACGACGCUAAACGGCCCAAUCUCUACCACGGCGGUGGCAGUAGCUUGCUGAGCACAGCUUCCCCGCCCGCUCCGCGCGAAGCCGCUUGGGGCGGCGCCGCGCCGGUGCCUGUGCAGACCCCCGGUCUUACUGCUGACUCCCUGGCUAGUAGCUCGCGCUCUACCAUGGCGAAGGCUAGCACUCCGGUCCCCGGCUCCCGGACGAGGUUGACAAAGAUCGAGCAGGGCUCCGGGGAUGUGGAGGUUAGGCAGGUUUAG